GCUGUUUAUAUAUAUGUAUAUAUAUAAGAGAUUUGAAGAAUAAAAGAAACAAGAACAGCUGAAUGCUCAAUGACGGUUGAUUGGUCUGCUACCGUAGCUUUGAAAAGAAGAAGGUUCACAAACAUUCAUCCAAUGGACACCGAGAAAGUAAAGGCCAAGCUUGCAGCUGCAAAAGUCAAGUUUGGACGGGAAAUCCAUGUCUUUGAAACAUCAUCGCCACCAUCUUCUUAUUCACGACCAUAUGAAUAUGAAGAGACGGAUGAGUUGUAUGAGUUCACUGCAGAAGAUUACUAUCGACUAUUGUCAUUGUCAACCUCCAAGAAAAAAGAAGAUAACUUUUUGUUGAAGACUCGGAAAAUCAGAGAGGCAGAGGAGGCGGCACGCAGGUCAAAGAUAACAAGGGCCACAAUCAGGGUCCGAUUUCCUGAUAACCACACAUUGGAGACCACGUUCCAUCCAUCGGAAACAAUUCAGAGCCUGGUUGAUCUUCUCAAGAAAGUGAUAGCUCGACCAGAUUUACCAUUCUAUGUAUAUACAACACCUCCUAAAGAGAAGAUAAAAGACAUGUCACAGGAUUUCUACUCUGCUGGCUUUGCUCCUGGUGCCAUCUUGUAUUUCGCAUAUGAUAUACCACCAAAAGGGGAUCAUACUGCUCUACCUUUCCUCCAGGAAGAGAUAAUGCGUUUGAAAGGUUUGGAAUUCAUUGUUGAGCAUCAAUGUUCUGUUCAACGCUCUCAGUCUGUACCAGAACCAUCUACAACACAGGCACCAACCCCUGUUGUCCAAGAGCGUAAGCCUGCUGCAGAAAAGAAAUUAACCAAGCCAAAGUGGCUGAAAUUGUGACACCCUCAACAACUGUGUAUAUAUGAUUAUGAACUUAUCAAAUCUGUUUAAAUUUAUUACCUAUUGUUAAUGUAGUUCAUGAAUUUUAAUUCUACGAAUCUAAGUUGUGGUAA